AUGGAGCCUGGAUCUGUUGCUGAUCAAGAUAGGGUAUUAGAAGGAGAAGGAGCAUUAGGUGUUGUAUCUAGCGAGAAGAAACAUCCUUGUGAUUUUGCCCUAUGGAAAAAAGCAAAACAAGAUGAACCUUCUUGGCCAUCUAAAUGGGGACCAGGAAGACCUGGUUGGCAUAUAGAAUGCUCUGCAAUGGCUUCUUCUCUUCUUCCUUUUCCUUUGGAUAUACAUAGCGGAGGAAUAGAUCUUAGAUUUCCUCAUCAUGAUAACGAAUUAGCACAAACAGAAGCAGCUAAGGAUAAACCUCAAUGGGUGAAUUAUUUUUUACACUCUGGUCAUUUACAUAUAUAUGGAUCAAAAAUGUCAAAAUCUCUUAAAAAUUUCGUCACUAUUAAAGAAUGUCUACAAGUAUAUAAACCUAGACAUAUAAGAUUCUUAUGUCUUAUGAAUAGAUGGGAUGCACCAAUGAAUUAUAGUCCUGAUGGAGAGACACUACAACAAGCAAAAGAAAUAGAUAAUUUUUUUAUUAAUUUCUUCUCCCUUUGUCGUCUUAUUAUAAGAAAAAAUAUAUCUAUUAGUAAUACAGAGCAAAGAUGGAGACAGCAAGAGAUCUCUCUUCAUCAAUUAUUAGCAGACACCAAGAAUAAGGUUCGUGAAUAUUUAUUAGAUAAUUUUGAUACACCAGAGGCAUUAGUCCGUCGUGUCUGCACAGCACAGCUGCGCCAUAACAAGAGCAGCAGCAAGCGUGAGGAUUCUGUCUCCCCUUCAUCAUCAUCAGCAGCAGCAGCAGCAGCAAAUAAGCAGCAGCAGGAGGAGCAACAGCAGCAAGGGGAGCAACAAGAAGAGGAAUCAAAUAAUAAGAGUCUUAAUGAAUUAUUGGGGCUUUGUGAUGAAUUAAGGGACAAAGUUCUUCCUUCUCUUGGUGUAUUAUUACAAGAUAGACCUGAUGGAACAUUUACUUAUAGAUUAUCUACUAAGGAAGAUGUUAUGAAGGAGAUGCAAUUAAAGAAAGAAGAAGAACAAAGAAAAGAAAUGCAAAAACAAGAAGAAAAACAAAAACUUGCAGAAUUAGAGGAGAAAAGACGUAAAGAAGGAUUAAUCAAGCCCCAAGAUUAUUUUAAAAUAUUGCAUGCAGAUACUUAUGGACAAUUUAAUGAUGAUGGAUUUCCUCUAACUUUUAAGGAUGAUGUUAGAGAAGCACACUAA